AUGAGGAUCACGGAGUUGAUCAUUGACGGCUUCAAGUCGUACGCCGUACGCACCGUCAUCUCCGGAUGGGACCCCACAUUCAACGCCAUCACUGGACUGAAUGGUUCUGGAAAAUCGAACAUACUGGACGCGAUAUGCUUUUGUUUGGGAAUUGGCAGAUUCGAAUUGCUCAGGGCAAGUGGCGGCGCGAGCGACCUCAUCUACAAACGUGGCCAGGCUGGCAUCACCAAAGCCUCCGUCACACUCGUCUUUGACAAUAGCGACAAGUCCAAGUCGCCGAUCGGAUUCGAGGAAUAUGGCAGCAUUAGCGUUACGAGACAGAUCGUGCUGGGCGGAACCAGCAAGUAUCUCAUCAAUGGCCAUCGUGCGCAGCAGCAGAGUGUGCAGAAUCUGUUCCAGAGCGUGCAGCUCAACAUCAACAACCCCAACUUCUUGAUCAUGCAAGGUCGCAUCACCAAGGUUCUGAACAUGAAGAGCACGGAGAUUCUGGGCAUGGUAGAAGAGGCAGCGGGUACCCGUAUGUUUGAGGACCGGCGAGAGAAAGCCUUCAAGACGAUGAACAAGAAGCAGGCCAAAGUAGAGGAGCUGGAAGGCUUGCUGAAAGAGGAGAUCGAGCCGAAGCUGGACAAGCUGCGAAACGAGAAGCGCGCCUUCUUGGAGUUCCAGAACACACAGAGCGAUCUCGAGCGCCUCACAAAACUCGUGGUUGCAUACGACUACAUCAGAUCAAAGCAGAAGAUGCAGCAGAGCGCGCAAGACUUGGCUGAGAAGAAGGAGCGAGCCACGCAAUUAGAGGAGAAUGCCGAGAAGCUGCAGAGAGAGAUCGAGGUGCUAGCAGAGGACAUGGGAAAGGUGCGCGCAGCUCGCGACAAGGAGCUGAGGAAGGGCGGAAAAUUCGCCAAGCUGGAAGAGGCCGUCAAGGAGCACGCUAAAGAAUUGGAGCGACUGGACGCCGUUCUCGAACUAAAGCAGACAUCUAUGUCGGAAGAGCAGGAGCGAUUGCAGAAAGCACAGGCGUCCGUAAAAGACCUGGAAAAACAACUCAAGCACAAAACGGACACGCACCAAAAGCUCCAGAAGCGCUUUGAGGCAGCCAACAAGGAUCUUGAAGACCAAAAGUCUGAAGUGGAGAAGAAGGAGGAAUUGCUUCAGACACUACAGACUGGUAUCUCAUCCAACGCAGGCUCCGAUGGUGGCUAUGCUGGUCAGCUGGCUACAGCGCGCGACGAUGCAAGCAAAGCCGGGACAGAAAUCGAACAGUCGAAGCUGAAGAUUACGCAUCUGGAAGCCCGAAUUAAAGAGGAUGAGCCUCGCGCAAAGAAGGCCGAGAGGGAGAAUGCUGGUCUUCUCAAGGAUUUAGAGUCUCUGCGUUCACAAGCUGCCAAACUCCAGAAAGACCUGGAGAAGGUUGGUUUCCAGCCCGGCAAGGAAGAAGAGCAGCAAGCGGAGAAGUCACAGCUCGAGAAGCGAAUACGUUCGCUUCAAACCGAUUCGGAGAACUUGAAGAGACAGGUGGCAGGUCUCGACUUCACUUACUCCGAUCCAGAGCCAAAUUUCGAUCGCGGCCGCGUCAAGGGCCUGGUUGCACAGCUCUUCACCCUCCCCGUGGAAUCGACAGAAGCGAGCACUGCGCUAGAAGUCUGUGCUGGUGGCCGUUUGUACAACGUCGUGGUGGACAGCGCAAAGACUUCCUCCGCAUUGAUCGACCACGGCAAGCUGAGGCGGCGAGUACAGAUUGUACCUUUGGAUAAGAUUGAUCCAUCUAGAGCAUCGGCCGAUCGCGUCAAGAGCGCGCAGAAACUGUGUCCUGGCAAAGUCCAUCUUGCGAUCAAUCUCAUCGGCUACGCGCACGAGAUUGAAAAAGCGAUGGAAUAUGUCUUUGGUAGUACCUUGGUCUGUGCCGACGCUUCCACUGCGAAGCAAGUCACUUUUGACCCGUCCGUCCGCCUGAAGAGUGUCACUAUUGAGGGAGAUGUUUACGAUCCAAGCGGUACACUCUCAGGUGGCUCCGCAGCAUCAGGCAGUGGCGUGCUGCUGAAACUACAAAAGCUUCACGCCAUCAACUCUGAGCUAGAGCAAGAACAGGCCAAGCUCGAUGCUCUUGAGGGGAUCAUGGCAAGGGAUGGGAAGAAACUACAGUACGCGAGGCAAUCAAAGCAGGAGCUCGACCUCAAGAAUCACGAGAUUAAGCUUGCCGAAUCGCAGAUUGCGAGCAACUCGUCGAGCAGCAUCAUUGCGUCUGUCAGUGAGAUGAAGGAGACGAUCGCCGCGCUGAAGGAAAACAUCCAAGCAGCCAAGAAGCGGCAAUCAGAAGCCGAGCAAGAGGUCAAGCGGGUCGAGAAAGACAUGAAGGACUUUUCAUCGAACAAGGGCGCCAAGCUUGACCAGCUGCAAGGCGAUCUUGACAAGCUGAAGAAGGCUCUCACCAAAGCACAAGAAUCCAUCAAGCCACUGCAGCAAGAGGUCAGAGAUGCGAAUAUCGACGCCGAGCAGACUGGCAGUGAUCUAUCGGCUGCUCAAGAAGAGCUACAUGACUCGGAGGUCACGCUUUCGGGGCAUCAAGAGGAACUCGAAGCGCACGAGACCAAGCGGAAACAGCUCAAGGAGAAGUCUGAUGAAGCCGAAGCGGCCCUUGAUGACGAGCGACGAAAGCUGAGCAGCUUUGACGAUGAGAUUGCCGACCUCGACCGGGCCUCGAAACGCAAAGCACAACAAAUCUCUGACGAAAAUCUGGAAGCACAAAAGCUCAAUCACUCCAUCGACGGCUUCGCCAAAGCCCAACAAGCAGCACAGCAAUCCGUCACCGCUCUUGAAAAGGAACACGACUGGAUCCUCGAAGAACAAUCCUCAUUCGGCAAGGCCGGGACGCCCUAUGACUUCAACGGCCAGAACAUGUCCGAGUGCAAAUCCAAUCUCAAAAACGUGACGGAGCGAUUCCAAGGUAUGAGGAAAAAGAUCAACCCGGCUGUCAUGGCUACGAUCGAUAGUGUGGAAAAGAAGGAAUCGUCCUUGAAGCAGAUGAUGAAGACUGUGAUUAAGGACAAGAAGAAGAUUGAAGAGACGAUUGUUACGUUGGAUGAGUACAAGAAAGAGGCGCUGUAUAAGACUUGGUCGAAAGUCAACGAAGAUUUCGGAUUGAUUUUCAACGAUCUCUUACCCGGGAACACGGCCAAACUCGAUCCGCCGGAGGGCAAGGAGAUUUCCGACGGGUUGGAGGUGAAAGUCUGCCUCGGGAAGGUGUGGAAACAAUCUCUCACCGAACUUUCCGGUGGACAACGGUAUGCCUUGCCUCCCCUAAACCCCCCUCCUCCUGCCCCAAAAUAAUCCACUAACAACAACUUCUUCUUCUUCUUCUGCUUAGAUCCCUCAUCGCCCUCUCCCUCAUCCUCUCCCUCCUCCAAUACAGCCCCGCACCAAUGUACAUUCUCGACGAAGUCGACGCCGCCCUCGACCUCUCGCACACCCAGAACAUCGGCCGUCUCAUCCGCACACGAUUCCGAGGCAGCCAGUUCAUCGUCGUCUCGCUCAAAGAUGGCAUGUUUGGGAAUGCGAAUCGCAUUUUCCGCACGAGGUUUAUGGAUGGGACGUCGGUGGUGCAGGCUUUGACGCCGGCAGAGAUGAGGUGA